CCACUUCAUUAGGGCGUAUCCGCGCGUCGGGAAUUAGGAAAUACGUUGAUGUUUGGAAGAAAUCCCUCCUGAAGUUUGGUCUGUCCACGGUUGGUGGUGACCCGAGCCUUCAACGGCCGCCUGUUAUAAACAUCACCAGCGGCUGGCAGCGGCGCUGUGCAUCAAUGGCUAAUUCAACCGUGGUUACGCCGGAUCAGACUUCAGAUAGCGGAGAUGGAAUGUUCAAACCAGACUACGUUGCUUUCAUCCUGGUGCCUGUUUUCUUCCUCCUGGGCCUGUUGGGGGUAGUGAUCUGCCACGUGUUGAAGAGCAAGGGCUAUCGGUGCACCACUGAGCCCCAGGAUGGCGAGGAGGGCGAGUGUGAGGAGGAAGAAAGGGAUCUUGAGCAGGGUGGAGGCCUGAAUGACACUCUGAGCGAAAACGAUGACACGGUGGGACAGAUUGUCCACUACAUCAUGAAGAACGAAGCAAACUCGGACGCCCUGAAAGCCAUGAUUCACGAAAACAGCAUCGAUUCUGAUGGUCCCCCGCUCACCCCCACCUCUCCCGGCACACCGACCCCACCGAUGACUCCCAUAUCACCCGGUGCACCCGCAGGAGCAGCCAAGCACACCUGCAACCACCUGCACACCAUCGGCGGCCUGGGCGGCAGCAAGAACAUCUGCACCCGCUGCAGCCAGAAGAAAUGGCCACUGAUGAGGAAGCCGUCGGCCCGGAAGGUGGAGCAGCGGCGCAGCCACUACGGGGAGGUCACGGUCUUGGCUGUGGGCAGGUUCCGGGUGACAAAGUGUGAGAAAGCAGCCAGGGACAGGCGGACCCUGCUAAUAACAGACUCCAAUGGGAGCGUCCCUGCAUCUCCUACGGAGGCGGAACCCAAGAGCCGGACGACGUCGGAGUCCCAGCAGAUUAUUUCCUUUCCGCCAGGAGCAGACGGACGACUUGGACAAAGAGAAGCGAUAGAAAUCCAGUCUGCAGAUUUCCAAACAGAGGAGGGAAAAACAACACAUCUGGACACUUUUUUUUUAAAAAAAAAAAGAACCCAAACAAGGACAUUAAACCAUCAGCAGCUGAGGAGCGCAGCAACAGAGUCGACCUCCAUGCUGCUGCUCUUCAGCGAGACAAAAGAGCUGCUGCUGAUGAGGAUGGUGAUGGCGACUGUGACUUAUAAAGUCACACCAGCCAGUGGUUUUUUUAUAAGCAGAACGGGGGGUGAGGUGUGUCCAUUUAUGACGUGCUCCAUUUCCUCUUAAGAAUUACAAUAGUGCCUUGCUCAAGGGCGUUUACGCAGAGCAGCUGUUUAACAUCAUGGAUGCCUGACCCGUGGAGGAUGUGUGUACAUACGUUUUUAUAUACGGAGGUAUAGGGGGAGUUUAAGUGAGUUAAUUAUUAAAGCUACAGCUCAGAAACAGGUACAGCCAGUCUUCGGUGAAACUGUAGCUUGUCAUUCCCAAACAGGAAGCAGGAACAACCUGAUAUCAAUGCCACAGAACCAGGAAGUAGACCGGAGCGUCAGCAUGAACAGAGUGUCAGAGUGUGCCCUGUCGCUGGGAUGAUUACACGUCCCAGUCUGGUCAGUGUGUCUGCUUUUCAAACAUUGUAUCCUCCCGUCUUCAUGCUGAGGUUCCAGCGUGACCUCUUAAUAAGGAAGAGCAUAAAAUAUUCAUGACCAAACAUUACGUUAGCUCUAAUAUUCAGGUACAUGCUGCUGCUCGCUCAGUGACAGUGUUAUUUUGACAUGAACGGCGAACCUCACACCUGAGACGGUCAGUCUGCUCCACCCCCUUCACUGCCAGAUUUCCCUGUCUCUCGUGAUUGCUGCAACUUUUAUGAUACUAAACUUGACAGAAUAGCCCUUUAAAGACCCAUUUGAGGUUGGACAUGAUCUUCCAAGAGAUCAGAACACGCAUCAUGUUAGAGACGAUUUGUAUGGAUCUGGUAUUCGUGAAUGUCAUUUCAUUGUGCCUCAUUUUUGUCAUUCGUAUUUUGGGACAGUUUGAUGUGUUUUUAUUGUAAUGAAAUAUAGCAAAUAAAGAAGACUAAUACAUAUCAAA